AUGACUGCCGUCGUCGCACCAAGGGCCGCACCGCUUUUCCCCGAGCGCCUCCGAGACGCCGAUUCGUCAAUGUCGCCGGCGUUGAGAAGCCACCGGCCUAUGAUCAGUGGCUCGCACAGCCCCAUAUUCGGAAAACGGCCAAGAGGACGACCCUCCCCGCGUUGCGAAAUCUGGUUCACCCUGACCCUCAAAAACGACGCACGCAUCCUAACUUAUACCUCGGCCCUGCACGACCAGCUGGUGGCCGACCUCACCGCCUUCAUUCCCGGGCAGGACUUUAUCACAAAGUGCAUGUUCCAGCACUUGCCCACCAUCGCCAUCCAGAACAGCGUGGCAGCGGGCGGGAACGUCAUGGGCGUCAAACGGCAACAACACAACGGCAUCCUGUUCCACGCCAUCGCCAUGGUUAUGACCAACGAGCAGGAGACUUUUGUUUACCACAAGGUCAAGAUGUGGGUGGAUUCUGUGGCGGAGUUUGCGCGCGGGAUCGAGGGAGGCUUGCUGGAGUGGCGCUACCUCAACUACGCCAACAAGAUACAGGACCCAAGGGCGACGUAUGGAGAGGAGAAUAUCAAGGGGAUGCAGGGCGUUGCGGCCAAGUAUGACCCCGACCAGGUCUUUCAGAGAUUGUGCCCGGGAGGAUUCAAGGUUUCGGCGAUUGGGACUCCAAGCAAGUAA